UUCGAUAUUGGAUUCAGAGUGGAUGUCUUUCUACUACUGGGGUCUGCCGCAGACUCCAAUGUUUGUGAAAUUCAUUGUACCGACAGAUAAGCAAAAAGCCUACCUCAAAUAUAUAUUAGAUGGGCAUGUGCUGGAACCAAUUGAUUGGACAUCCAAGACCUUACUUAUGAUCGAACGAGACAACAGUACAUAUUUUCUCGUCGAGAGAAAUGAUAGAGGUCACUACUAUUUAUAUGAACCACAGAAAGGUCUAAAGGAGGGCGAUAUUGUUGAACGGUUAGAUGUUCGAAUCAAGCAGACAGGCGACAAUUUAUACUUUGGUAUUAUGCUGUGUAAAGAGGAUACUGUUUUUAUUUUCGCAAGAAUAAAUCAAGUCCCGAAGAAAGAUCAGAUACAGGAUGCGGCAGGCAGGUUGGGCUAUCGGGGACGCGGUGGCAGGUCCUACUUGUACCAGGGUCAUCAAUGGAUGCCAAUACCGGAAGCUGAUGACUGGCAUUUCGAACAGGCUAUGAAAUAUAACGACGCAAUACCUCCAAUAAACAAUAACGUAGUUUAA